CAAUCCAACACAAUCGUUGUUCAAUCGUCUAGCGAGAAAGAUGUCGACGGUAGCGGAGUUGUAGCAAAAAGAAAAAAAAAAUAAAACGCGACCAUUUUCACCGUGGAUCGUCCGGGGCGUUUCGAAUAUGAAAUUUUCAUGUGUUUUCGGGUGUCUAAUGUGAAUGAAAAUUGUGUAUCGUUGUGGUAAAUGUAGAAAACAUUGCGGGAAGUCUUCGGACGAAUAGACCAGUGCGUGGGGUCACUAUCGCCAUCGCACAAAACAGCUCACUUCGGUGAGGGCAUCAUCAUCACGUCAGUCAUUGUGUUUUGGAAAAUGGACAACAAUCGACAGCCGUCGCGACGCUUUAUCGAAAUUAUUCCUGUGGGGAAAUCGGUGUCAAGUAGUGAAAAAUGAAAAUACAUAAUGCUCAUUUUAUGUAAGCUAUAAAAAGACGAGAGCUCCAAAAAUCUGGAUUGUACAUCAUGAGAGGGUAUUACGGAGUCUCAGUUACGGAGCUGUGACAAAAGUGGGCGAAUUGAUAUUGAUAUUUCAAUCAAGGUAAAGCAGUGGAUGAAAGUUUAUGAACCAAAUAACUUGAAAACUAAAACGAUAAUAAAGGCUCCUGUAGUAAAGAUUCAGUCACAGACGUUUGAAUUCUCUCAGUGAGCGAUAUAUUUUUGCGGGUGGGUGAAGUGCAAGCAAAAUUGUGGUCGCGGUGGCCCUCCUGAAUGUGCAUGUGUAGGUAUCUGUGCUGCAUAGUGAAGUGAUUCGUCGACGAUGGAGAAGUGAUCCGCACACAUCAAAAGUUUGGCGAAGGUUUCGAGACCAGAUCCCGGAAGUGAAAUUGCGAAACUAGUCGGGUAAAAAGUUGUUGAUUGCAUCGGGUUCUGUUCUGGUCAUAUCGAGGGUAAUACCUGACAAAAUACGGUUAAGAGAGAAAGUACCCACGUAGUUUCAGGUGAAAGAUUUGGCACUGGUUUGUGUGUGUUUGUGUUCAAGUUCGUUAAUAUUCCAACCUGUGCUUUGUGGGAAUUGAGCAGCUGGAACCGGAGACGACGUAUUUCGGAAGGCGUUUGUUGUUGCUGCCGCUGCAAAUCGGAGAGCAACAUCCUGUUGAGAAAAAGACCCAGUAGGUGUAUAAGUGGAGUACUGGAUCGGACAAGCAUCUAUUUUUAAAGAUCACCACCAUCGCCGGCACUCGGAGCAAAACCUGGCGACCUGGCUAAGUUAGGUCGUUAGGGAACAAUCACUAGCGGAUCGGAGCGGGUCGCGUCGGACACCGAACCGGGAAGCAGAAUGCAGCGAACGUUUGGUUUAUCAGCCGCGAGUCGCGCCGGAGUUUACGACGGUAAAAUAGCUGGCCUAUAUGACCUGGAGGAAACGCUCGGCUCGGGACACUUUGCGGUGGUGAAGCUGGCCCGGCAUGUCUUCACCGGCGAGAAAGUGGCCGUCAAGGUGAUCGACAAAACCAAACUGGACGAAAUCUCGCGGGCCCAUUUGUUCCAGGAAGUGCGGUGUAUGAAGCUUGUACAGCAUCCGAAUGUGGUUCGGCUGUACGAGGUCAUCGAUACCCAAACCAAACUGUAUCUGAUACUGGAACUGGGUGAUGGGGGAGAUUUGUACGAUUACAUCAUGCGACACGAUAAAGGCUUGUCGGAUAACGUGGCGCGGGAGUAUUUUCGCCAGAUUGUGCGAGCCAUUUCGUACUGCCAUCAGUUGCAUGUUGUGCAUAGAGACUUAAAACCAGAAAAUGUAGUAUUUUUCGAAAAGUUAGGAGUGGUAAAGCUGACUGAUUUUGGAUUUAGUAAUAAGUUCUGUCCGGGCCAAAAGCUCGAAACGUCAUGCGGCAGUUUAGCGUAUUCGGCACCAGAAAUUCUACUUGGCGAUUCGUAUGAUGCCCCGGCAGUAGACGUCUGGUCGCUGGGGGUCAUUCUAUUCAUGCUCGUUUGCGGCCACCCUCCGUUCCAGGAGGCAAACGACUCCGAAACGCUCACGAUGAUUAUGGACUGCAAAUACACGAUGCCGGAGCACGUGUCUGAGGGCUGUCGCAGGCUCAUCGGUAACAUGUUGGUGCGAGAGCCGGAAAAACGUGCUACGCUACAGCAAAUUGCUCAGAACGAGUGGUUACUAGAGGGAAGCAUUGAGGAAACCCCCGAGUACUUACCGUUGGUUAGUCGGGAGCAAGUGAGUGAGGAGGAUCAUACGCUCAUAAUUCAGAAGAUGAUCAAUGGGAAAAUUGCUACCAAAGAAGAAAUUUUAGAGGCUCUAGAUCGUAAUGAAUAUAAUCACAUAACUGCGACAUAUUUUCUGCUAGCGGAGCGAAAAUUACGCGCACAUAGACAAGAGGAAGCGCAAAAGCGGAAACCGGAGCUCACGCUGCCGGUGUCCAAUUCGUCGAGACUGCAAGGUUUUAUGAAAAACUCCGAGGAUGACUCCAAAGAGGACAGUUUGCUGCCGCAGAAGCUUGGGAUGCAUCUGUGUGUACCCCGCACCCCGGGUACGGAAACUGGGCAGACCGGUCGCAGCCGAAAGUGCAGUAUCGUACAGGAAGAGGAGGAUGAUGAGGACGAUGUUACUGGUGCUGGUCACGAGGAACUGUCCACCCCGUUAAACCGACGGGGAUCCCGAUCGGAAGGUCGGCUCAAUAUCACCGUGCAAGAUCGGAUAGCGGAAUCCGAACGACUGAAGCUGGAAGCGAAAAGGCAAGCGGAAGCUAAAGAGAAGGAACUGCUGCAACAGCAGAAGCAGCAACAAGCGCAGGAAGCGAAAGAAAAUACCGCUUCGGGAAUGCUUGGAGGUUUCGUAGGAAUCGGCAACGUGACACUUAUCACGAGUGAAAAUAGUAGUACCAAAGAUAGGUUAGGAAUCGCUGGUGGUGGUUUACAUCGGAAGGUGCCGGAAAUCAAAAGAGGCGUAGAUUUUUCCAAGAAAACUUCUAUUCUCAAGCCGCAGGGCAACAUUAGGGGUGGUUCAUUCGAUAAGUGUAUCGCUAGUAUCAAGGAUGCCGAGCUGGUUAGUACAAAAAUCAUUUCGGAUAGUGCAACUAUAACCAUGCCGUUAACGGUGAACAUUGUACACACCUCGAGUAUUCCCAAGUACAAAACGAUGCCAUCACCGACACGAGCCAAUACUAUUCUGAGUUCAAACACCAAUUGUUUGAAUGAAAUUUUCGAGGAGGGAACGGAUGUUGGAAGCUCCGACAGUACGACGACUACCCCUCGACCAGUAGUUAGGAAUCAGUUCAACGCUCGGGCUCAAGGUCAAAGCGGAAAUGGAAACAAUGUUCAUCGGCGAACUAAAUUCAAUAAAUCUCGGACGGCUUCCUGCAGUAGUUCCGACGCUUCAGACGAUGAUUCGGAAAACCGUAAGAAGCGAGCGCACAAAAUCGUGGAUUCCAACGUGAAACCACAAACCCAACGUCGGGAUUCUCAUGAUGACUCAAGUGAUUCACAAGAUCCGGGUAACGCUGCGGCACCGUCUGGUACGGGUGCUUGCGUGAGGGCCAUCAUGAGUGGAACCGCUAGCAGUUCUUCCAAUAAUGGUACCGGCAAUCAACCAAAUACGGAAAAGCGAAACUCCGGUAAUGGAAAUCGUCAAAAGUCUUCGCAACAGGUAGAUUUUCGACGGCAUAGAGGCCGAAGGAGGCCCGUAGAAACACGACUUCGCGAAAGUCAAUCGCUGAAUCGGAUAACCGAAGUCCAGGAAUCCGAGACAUCCCAUUCAGCCGCAGCAGCAGCUGCUGCUGCUGCUGCGACUGCUGGUGCCAUAUCUCCAUCUACCGUGCCAACUGAUACUUCCGAGGGAAAGAAGCCUAGCCUAAACACCACCACAAACGCUAGCAACAGUCAGGAAGAAGAUGGGUCAUUUGACGAAUAUAGCAAUAAUGCAAGCCAACAAGCAGACAGCGAGAAUAGCGAAGGCGCUGUGGGUAACAGUAAUCGAACUAAUACUUCUAGCACCGGAAGUAGCAGCAACAGCCACCCGACCAAACCGAAGGGUUUCAGCGCACGAAUAUUCCAUCCAUUCAAAAAGCAAAGCCAUCAACCAUCGUCCAACAGUUCCACGCCCAGUGUGGAUACGCCGGCGGAUGGGAUUAAGAAUGGCAUGUCAACCUCAGCUCCCUCCGGCGAUGAUAUUGAAAUUGUAGUCGAACUGGCCAAAGCACUGAACGUAUCGGAAAGUACUGGCAAGAGUACGAAGAAGAUCAAGAUUCUGGGACGGUAUUUCCAGGUCCACAAAAAAAUCUACGUUCCACUGUCUGGACUGUUCCAGCGGGGUCGUCUUUACAAGGCUCAAUCUUGCGGCUCGAUCGUGCGGGAUAAAGUCAAUCAGAACCCAGGUGGCAACGCUGGUGGCCGCACUGGCGGCGGUGCCAACUCGAAUGCCCGGCAUUCGACCAUCUUCAACGAGAAGCACCGGUUUAAAAACUGUCUCAGCGGUACUCGGUUGCUGGGCAGUGACGGUGAUAUCAACCACAAUGGGAACAGUUUUAUGACCGCUGCGGCGGCUAUGUCCAAUGGGAGUGUUUCGCCAGCGGAGUUAGUGGUAACCACUGGUGGUGCCACCAGUCCGGUGUGCGGUUUGGCAACUGGUGGAGCCAGACCGCCUUCAUCAGUGCCAAUCAAAACAGCGUAGUAGUGGGAGGGAGCGUAGGACAUCUCGUAUUUAUAAGUACCUUGGCUGUUGAUUAGACAAAAUAUCGCGCACGAGUUUUGCACCAGCACCGUCAUUGUCAUCUACACUGUUAUAGCGCUUCCAUUUUCAUCUGGUUUUAGUUAUAGAUGGGCCUUCCACAGGCAUGAAUGUUCCUUAAGUGUAGUCUCGAAUCAUCUCAAUGAAACGGCUAGCACACGCACUUAUAUAAAGCAAAGAUUCCGUGAACCGAGAUGGAAACAUUCGCACGGAUACAGCUAAAAGCGCCAAAGAGAUCUCUCAAAUGGAUGUAUAUCGAAUAUCAGCUCGAAUUAAGUCUGACACAACGCAAUCAUUUUUUAGUUUUGCGAUAAUGAUUUUCUGUAAGCACCGCACCUACCCCACCAACGAUUUUUGAGAGCUGAAGCAGGUACACGGAGAAUUUGUGUCAAAAGUGUACGCAAAUCUAUGUGCAAUAAUAAUGAUUAUGAGCUUAGGUUUCCCAUUAAGUGAAAUACUGUUCUCACGGUUAUUCGGAUUACACAAAUGGGUCGUUUUCUUUGUUAAAAUAGUGUUCUUAUAUUUUUAUUGAAUAGCUAUAAACUCUGUCCAUAUUAGAUAUGUUUCAUUUUAGAAAAAGUUUGGACAACAGAGAAAAACUUGGUUUUAAACUAGCAGGACAGCACGAAAAACAUGUAUUUAAUUUAAUGUUUAAUUGUUUUUGAGAUAGUUUGAAAGUUUUACAGAUAAUCAUACUGAGCAAAACCUCAGAAACCAAUAAAUUGAGCAAAAACCCAUUCGUAUGUGCUGUGCACAGGUACUGUAGGCAGACGCUGAAGGAAAACCCGAGGGUGUUAAAUAUCAUUGCAAAAAUGGAAACAAAUUAAAUUGGUAUUAUUUCAAUACUUUUUGACUAAAAAAAAAAUGUUGCCAAUGAAUAUCAAAAACGCCUUACGUUUUGAGUAAACUGAUAAAAAAGGUGAUGUUUUAUUUACCUAAGCAUAUGAAUUUUAUCGGAAAUGAAGUCUAUAGCGGAUGGAAAAGUAAAUCAUAAAUCAACUCGAACGUUUUUUGUUUCUUAACAGACUUCUAAUGUAAUCUCCAAAAAAACUAGUAAUAUUAUGUUUAGACUACGAGCGACAAGUUUUCCGCCUAUUUUGAUGACAUUCAUCUUGUCGAAAAUUUUAAUAAUCGUAGUCUGAACGCAGUAUUAUUAUUAAUCAAUGAGAGAAAAGCAAAAAGGUGCAUAUUUGUACUAAACUAUCAAUUACAAACAAUUCAUCUGUAUUCUUCUGUACGUUUCAAACGGAAGCUGAAUCACAUUUUCGUUUACAUUAGCAAUGUCAAAUGAGAAAAAUAUUCCAACGAGUUGAAGUCGUUCGAAAGUUGCAGUCGUCUGUAGAUAAGAAUAGAGAUGAUCGUUUUUAAUUUGAGGCACAUUUACAGUCACUAACAUUACUAUCAAUUGUGUCACAAAACUACACGAAAUGUUCAACAAGUUAGAUCGGCAAGUAGAUAUUUCUGUUUCACUCGAGUUGCUUGUGUCAGGGAAAAAACCAAACGAAUGGAUGCUCAAACGAUUCCAUUCCAGCUCAAUUUUUAUAAUUGCUUUAUGUGUAAUAACGCUAUGAGAUGGAAUCAAGAAAAAUAUUUUGUACCACCCGUCAGAAAUUGACCACAACUUUUCGCCAGAAAUUGACCACAACUUUUUCGUAACUCUUUGGUAUUAUUGAUUUGAUUUCAGUUGGGCUAAAACUUCUAAAAAACUUUUAUGAAAAAUGUGGCUCUGGAGAUCCGAAAAGAAAAUUCGAACUAACAUAUGUUGAAACUAAGAAAAGAAAUUAGUUCUGCAUGAUGCUCUUUUUGAAAAGUGUCAUGAUCAGUGUUUGAAAAAUUCGUAUCAACGCAUUCACACUGAUAAUGAUAAAAGAGAGACAUAAAUCUCUUACAAUCGUUGAAAGCCAAGAAGAAAAGCGUAUGACAACUUCAUAUCAGUACGAUUAAAGCAGAAUCGGAUAUGUAUCCUCCACCAACAAGCUAUGAUAAGUUAAAAACGUUCUCAUUAUUUGCUGUUGAGGACAUUUCCCAAGUAACCAUUAGCACUAUAUUACGCCAAACCGCCAUAUAGGGCCAAUAUACGGCUAUUUAAAAACUUAUAAGCAUUAAAGUAGCACUAUAUGGCUGAUUUGGCGUAAUAUAGUGCUUAUUGGUUACUUGGGUUGCCAUUUUUUCUUAUCUGAGUAAAACAAGUUACAGUGUCCUUGCAUUACAGUUUGUUCAAAGGAAUAUUUAUUAUGAUGAGAUCCUUCCGAAUAUGUUUAUUCUUGCAUCAGUUUCCAUUAUCGUGAGCACACAGUGCAUGCAGAAAUGCACUAACUGUGAUGAACUUACCUUCAAGAUAAAAAAUCACGUUAAUAAAGUAGGUAUAAAAAAUGCAUGCAGAGAUGUGCUGUUUUAAUUUAUUUUUGGACUCAAACUUUUUUGUCCCAAGACAAAAAAAAACUUCGCAUGGGCUAAAACAAAUAUUAUUUUCAUCUUCUGUUUCUGUUUUAAUUCAUUAAACUUAAAAGCAAUAGACUCAGGGACUGAAAAAGUCAUUUCAACUAUACUCAAACAGGCGACAUCCAGUAAACAAUCAAUACUCAAUUUGAAAUGUCAAAAUAUGAAUGUUAUUUUACAUUACAAUGCUUGGAUUCAUUGGAUUCAACAUUUUGAAGUCAUAUUUCUAAAAGUUAUGCAUCUUUUUAGUAUAUAAAUUUGAAUAAUCAUUUGUCGUUACAAAUCAAUCACAAUUCAACAUAUUCAUUUCAGCCCCAGUAAGUAUUCAUUGUUUACUCUUGAAUAUCAGUUGGCUUUUAAGCAUCAGGCGGCUAAUUUUGUCAGAUCAAAACAUACAUGAGCCAAUGAUGAAGUUUUUUGCUGAAUGUCAAUGCAAGUGAUAGUAAAAUGAAGAUUUCCGUCUUUGGCAAUAAUUAACAAUACAUAUGUAUGUCGCUGGUAAAGAUUUGUUAAUAGAAAUAAUUAUCCUUUGAAUCUUGUUUGAUAUAUUGUCUUUAGAAAAUCCAAAAGAAAAAAUGUACUCUUAUUUCGAUGCAAGUCGACAGGAUAAGAGGUUCGACAGGUAGAUAAGUUCGAAAGGGACAAAAGGUCGUUUAAGAACAAGUUGAUAAUAAGGAGUAAUUACCAUGAAAUCAUAUUAUGAAUAUCUAGAUAGUUCUGUUGGAGAUAAAAAAGAUUGUUGAUUUAAGAAAUUCGAAUAAAACUUGUAUGGGGCGAGAAUAAUUCUCUCCGUUUCAGUUUCUUGACUCUUUCGAUCUUUUGUCCCGUUCGACGUUUUGUCCUUUUUGGCCUUUUGUGCUUUUCGACCAUUUGUCUCUUUGACCUUUUGUUUUUCGUCUUUUUGUUCCUAACCCGAUCCUUAACAUCAACUUUCUCGAGAAAACAGAAACAUCCACCUGGAUCUAAUUUCAUAAGAUCGAAUGAUAAAAGUCGAAUUCAUAUGUAGAGCUCAAAUUCCAUACCAAAAAAAAUAAAUUCAUCUGUGUGUGAAGAAAAUCAUGAAAAUAUCAUGAAUAAAAUAAAAAAUAAAACUUUUGAGGAAGAGUCUUAAUUAAACUGAAAACAUUAAACUGAUAAAUCUAGCAUAUAACCAUGAAACUACAUUAAAUAAAAAGCAAGCUGGACUUGUGAUGCGGAGAGUAAUAUAUUUAAAAACGAUAUAAAUGGUGGAGGCAAGGGGCAAAUAUAUGAAACCAUUAGUUCAAUGUUUGACUUUGUAUUUCGCGCAUUUUAUUUUUUAAGAUGAAUUUACACAUACACACGUACAUUGAUGAACUUGUCAUGUAGGAAAUUAGGAAAAACAACAAACCUAGUGAAAUUGUACUACUUUUUAUGCGGAACUUAAGAAGAAAACAUUCUUGACGAAAUAUAUAUUUAUAUUCUUAUAUGAAAUGCAGACCUUCUUAUACCAUUUAAAGGCAACUAUGAACAAUAUUUUAAUUGAUUUGUUUUUUCAGACAUCUAUCUGCUCAUUGCAAAAUGUCAGAGCUUGAGACGAAUUUUUGUUUUAUCCUUGAAUGAUUUCAAUGCACUGAAAAAUAAUGCCGGUUGGAAUUCCCCUUUUCUGCUGCGGAACAAUACUACUAAACUAUCAAAACCAAUAUACUAAACACAUUAUAGAGUCUCAGUCAUCAAAUCUCUCUAUUUUUAAAAUCCGCUAUCUACAAUAACGAAAAUAACCGAUUCUGUCCUACACUUGAAUGUUAAACACCCUACAACAGUUUACAUACCCACAAAGAAGUAUCCUACAUGCAACAAGGUAAACCAGAACAAAACUUGAAGAAAAAAGAAUAGAACUCAAACUACAUGAAACAUAAUUAUAGGCUACGACAAUUGAUGUUUUAAUUGGGUAGAUAUUAGGCUAAUAAUGAAACCAAUACAAGGAACAAAAUAAAAGCCAUUGUACCACCUAAAACACACAAACUCGAACACAGGAGAUAAAACACACUCACAUACACAAGUAGUGGACGUUUACCAACAGAAGUAAUUUUCACAUCCAGCUUUUUUCAGCAUCAUCAUAGUAAAUUUGCAGCAUCAUAAGGCACACUCAAGCAUUAGCAUAAGCUGAAUGGAAAGUAGGUAAAUUCACCAUUUUUGUCUACGUACCUACCAAGGUAGCUAUCGUCGGUCAGUGUACAUGUGUGAGUGUGGAGCACCUAUAACUCCAUCUAAAACAAAUAGACCAUAGCCGCCAUAGAAUCAAUACCCCAUCAUAUAUGAUCAUAUAAGUGAAACACGAAAACGUAACUCGAAUAUGUUCGAUGUGAUUCGGCAAGUGACAAACCUAAAUGCUACCGUAUUUAUUGACACAAGUAAAAUAAUUGUAGAUCAUAUAGUGGAGAUUUGGGCUGAUGAGAAAAGUCAAAUGAGUUUGUAAAACCGAGAGAAACAGAUUGAACGGAGCAAAAAAUACCCAAAAAGGAGAAAGGAAAGAACACACUUAUUCAAGUGGGAUAAAUUAUUAACCUGUUGAAAAAUAA